GGAGGGUGCCGGGCCGUGAGGAUGCAGGCAGAGGCAAAUUGGGUUUUUUCCAGACGGCUGGAGGUCUGGAGCUUGGGAGUAGGAAGGGCGCUGCCAAAGGAAUCCGGCUUCUCCCCAGAAGCAGCAGCAGCGCUCUCCUACGGAGAGGAAGGGCCCCCAGCCCGGGGCCCAACCUAGGAGCUCCUCGGCCUGUCCGCCCCCUCUAGGAGAUGGCAGGAGCUACUCUGGCUGCCCCAAGGCUGCUGGGCGACCCUGGGAAUUGUAUUCAUCAGGCCGGGACCCCUGGAACCCCUAGAGGCUUGAGCUUUGGGGGGGACGCUUUGGGGACAAGGGCUCUACGGGAUCAAGUCAGUGGUGGGCAGCUUGAGGGCGGAAGAACUUGGGGGAACUAGCUGAAGGCUUGGGCUGUUGGGGGGAGCACAAGGAGUAGAGCCCCCCGCCCAGCCGCCUCAGCUUGGGAGCCAGGGAUCAAGGAGGGCUUUUGCUGUGGGCUGGCAGAUGAGACCCCUGCCCUGGGCUCAGGGGAGCUACCAGGUGGGGAGGAGGAGGGGGAGGAGGCGCUCCCUCUUCCCAGAGCCUUGUUUAUCUGCCUCCCCUGGACUUUGCUUCGGUGCUCCCUGACUCAUUCCUGGCCAGGAGCUAAGGAGCAGAGGCAGCUCUUGGGGUGCCUGGAAGCUGGGGCCAGGUCCCAGCUGCCGCCUGCUCUGGCCCACGCAAGGGGAGGCCUGCCAGAACUACGUGCUGGCAAAGGCUGGGAGGGAUAGGAGACUUACGUCUGCCCCCCCCCAAAAAAAAAAAAAAAAAAAAAAAACAACCCAAGCCCAACCCUAACCAGGAGGCCCUGGCCCUGGCCCUGUCCAGCUAGAAGCCUGUGCCCCCUCUCACCUGCCCUAGGAUGGAGGUCAGAGGGCAACUCAUCAGCUCCCCAAGCUACAACUGUCCAGCACUUCCCCUGGAAGAGAGCCCCCCAGUGAAGGUGGAGAGACUUCGGGUGCUGCUGGAACGGCAGCGGGGCCUACAGGAGACCCUGACUCUGAAGCUUCGAGAACUCCGGAGGGUGUGCCUGCUGGAGGCGGAGCUGACAGGCCGACUGCCUGCCGAAUACCCCUUGGAGCCUGGGGAGCAGCCUCAUCCCAUCCGGCGCAAGGCUGCCCCUCUCCCCCCUCAGUCCCGGGGACUUUGUCCCUCUGGGAUGCUUGCGCUGGAGACGCUUGAGAGAGAGGUGUCGGUUCAGAGGCAGAUCGCCGCCGCCGCCAGACGCCUGGCCUUGGCCCCGGAGCUGAGUGUGGAACAGCGGCGGCGGCGGCGGCAGGUCCAGGCGGAUGCGUCUCAGAGACUUCUGGAACUGGAGGAGCAGCUGAGGGCUAGCCGGGCCCUCCUGGGCCUUCCGCUCACCCUGCUUCCCGGCCAGACCCAGCCUCCUCUGCCGGGCCACGGAGGUCCCGGACUCCCCGGGCUCAGGACCCGAGUGGCCCAGCUCAGCCAAGAUGAUGCCUCUCGCUCGGAGAGCAGCUCUCUCUCGGAGUCGGCGAGCCACGAGAACGAGGACCCCCACGGCGAGCGGCCCUCGCUCCCCAAGGCCCGGGACCAGCUGCGGGCAUCCAUAUCGGCCGGGGGCAGCCCCGAGCGUAGACAGCCCUGGAAGGCGACCCCUCCUCCGCCGGUCGCCGAGCUCUACGGGGACCUGAAGAGCCGGAGGAACUCGGUGGCCAGCCCUACCAGCCCCACCAGGACCCUUCCCAGGAGCAUCUCCAGCUUUGAGGGUAGAAGUGUUCCUGCCACGCCCGUCCUGGCCCGGGGCCCCGCGCCCCAGCUCUGCAGGCUGGAGGGCCUUCACUCGCGCCAGUGGUCCGGCAGCCAGGACUCUCAGAUGGGCUUCCCACACGCGGACGGCCCCUGGGAGCGGGCUUUCCUCAUCUCCGGCCGAACCCGCCGGAGCAACAGCUCCGAGGCCCUGUUGGUGGACCGAGGCGCUGGGAUCUCCGGCUUUGCGUGUGCUCGCCUGCCCCCGGAAGGGCCGCCAGUAUCUCCGCCCUGCAAAAGCAACGAGAGUAUUUUUGAGCGAGCGGCCCCGGUACCCCCCCCGGCCUUCUCCUCUCGAACAGCUGGGCCUCCGGACCCUCCCCGGGCCGCCCGGCCCAGCUCGGCCGCCCCUCCGGCUCCCCGGGGGCGGCCCCUGCCGGCCUACGGUGACCUCCUGCUGGAUUACUACCUGACCCGGGGUGGACAGUGCUGGGCCGAGGGCCCGGGCCCCCUUUCCUGCAGGGAAAGUCUCCUUGUCUUCUUUCCCCCAGCUCCUUCCACGCUCCAAGGGGACGGCGGAGGUGGCACGGGCAGCCCCCUCCUUCGAGCCAAGGACCCGGCGCCCCACGGAGGCCCCGGGCGCGGGCUGAGCGGUCGCGCCAAGUCCGACGACGGGGGCCCGCUGCCCGGUUCCUUCUGGGCGGGCCCCGGGCCGAGCCGUUACCACGGUCAGCCGGACCAGGCGGCUGCCGAUCCCCGGGUUGGUCACAAGGCUCUGGCCCUCGAGGGCCUCCGGGACUGGUACAUUCGAAACGCAGGCUCGACGGGAGGGGGUCCCGUGGCGGGCCUUCACCCCUCGGCCCGGGGCCUCCUUCCAGAGGGCCAGGCCCUGCAUCCCUCCCCGUUCCCCUGGCAUCACUCUAGCUACCCCCAAGGCCUCCUGCUGCACACUGCCCACGGCACCGCGGCUAGCCCCGAACCCUACCUGGGCUACGCUGGAGUGGCGCUGCCCUCCGCGGCGGCGGCGGCGGCGGCGGCGACAGCCCUACCUCACUCCCUCAGCUUCACAGCGCCUCCCGUCUCCGGCAGACACUAUGCAGACUUCCUGUACCCCCCAGAGCUGAGCUCCCACUUAAGUGACCUGGCACUGGAGGGGGACCGGCCCCUGGACUCAGAUCCUCGAACCCCAGGGACGUUGGUCUGACCUUUCUGCCCCUGGAGACACUGGUCUGACAUCUCAGUAACCCUAGCUCCACCCUGGGGGUGCUGGUCUAGAUUCCUAACGUCCCGUCUCCAUAAACCUUUCCCUGCACGGAACCCAGGGAUGCUGCUCCCUCGCCCCACCCUUUGCUUCCUGACCACCGUUCCUCCCAGGCCACCCCCCCGCGACCCAUCUGGGUCCCGGCUGAUGUGAACUGUGCAGGGCCCCCCCCUCUUUUUUCUACCUGCUCCAAGGAACUCUGGAUAUCGAUCUGACCUGUGACCUUCCCCUCCCCACUCUCCCCAGAUGGAGGAGGGGGGGCGUGGGCUUUGCGGGGAGGGGCCGGGGCUGGGUCGGACGCCCGCAGGAGAGGCUGGCAGCCCGGAGGCCAUCUAACCUCUCAUCCUCCCGUGUCUCCUUUCAUUGCCAUCAGGCCUCCAGCUGGAAGCAGGUGCCAGGCUCAGCCAUUCUGGUUUGGGGGCAGGGGCUAGCCGGCGCCUCCGGAGACGGGGGGCUUCUGCCCGAGGCAAGAUGCCGCUCGGGGGUCGGGGCAGAAGGCCCGGGGGCCACCAGAGGUCCCCUGCGCGCUGCUGUGAAGAUCCGGGGGGAGGGGGAGACGGGGAAGCUCCUCGGCGGGCAGCCGCGGCCACCCCGCUCCCCGUCAGGAUAAAGACUCGAUGCCGUCCCGGCCGUCGCGACGGCGAGGCGGGGAUGCCCGCCUGCCCCUCAUCUCCUGAGGAUGGACGGCACGGCGUCUCCUCUCCAACCUGCACAUACGUGUUCUUGCCCCUCCCUCCCACCUAGCUCUAGUGCUGUCUCAUGUGGGCAGCUUCACUCCCCAGGGGAGGGAAGAGGAAGCUUUCUUUGUGGAGGGAGUACAACGGGCCCCCUGGGUGGGUCUCUCCGGCCUCCGGGGGCAGCAACACUGGAUCAUUCGGGUUUCUAUAAUAAACAGGUGAAUGGUA